UAAAAAUGUGUUAUGAGUGUCUGGCUCCGGAUCACGGCGGCGCUGGGUAGUGCGCUCCCCGCUUGCAUUCCUCGGUUUGCUCUGGAUUUUGGCAGUACUUUAAAAAAAUAAGACGAUGGGUGCUUGUAUGGCAUUGUGUUCGUUGGCGAGCUGUGCCUCCUGUCUCUGCGGCUCUGCCCCAUGCCUCCUUUCCAGUUGCUGCCCCAGCACCAACAACUCCACUGUCACCCGGCUGCUGUUCUCUCUCCUCCUGCUACUGGGAACAGCGCUGUCUGUCAUCAUGAUCCUGCCAGGCAUGGAAUCUCAGCUCAAAAAGAUCCCAGGCUUCUGUGUUGGGGGCAGCUCUGCUCCCUUCAUUGCGAACAAGGUGAACUGCGACAUCAUUGUGGGCUACAAGUCUGUGUACCGCACCUGCUUCGCCAUGGCUUCUUUCUUCCUGCUCUUCUCCAUCAUCAUGAUCCGCGUACGCAGCAGCAAGGACCCACGGGCCCUGCUCCAAAACGGGUUCUGGUUCUUCAAGUUUCUCGUGUUGGUGGGAAUAACAGUCGGAGCUUACUUCAUCCCUGAUGGAGUCUUUAAUACAGUGUGGUACUAUUUUGGCAUGGUGGGCUCCUUCAUCUUCAUCAUCAUCCAGCUGAUCCUGCUGAUCGACUUUGCUCACUCUUGGAAUGAAGCCUGGGUGGACCGGGCCGAAGAGGGCAACCGCCGGUGCUGGUUCGCAGCUCUGCUGUCCAUCACAGUGCUCUUCUACAGUCUAGCUUUGGCCGCUGUGGUACUUCUCUACAUAUUUUACACCAAGCCUGAUGACUGUGCUGAGCACAAACUCUUCAUCAGCCUUAACCUGAUCGUCUGUGUCGUCGUCUCCAUUGUGUCCGUCUUGCCCAAAGUUCGGGAAGCCCAGCCUUACUCCGGCCUGCUUCAGUCCUCAUUCAUCACCAUAUACACCAUGUACGUUACAUGGUCUGCUAUGACCAACAAUCCCAACCGUGUUUGUAACCCCAGCCUGCUGAGUCUGGUGUCCAAUUCAAGUAGCCCAGUUCCCGGCAGUGGCCCUGGACAGGUGGAGUGGUGGGAUGCACAAGGCAUUGUGGGGCUAAUCCUCUUCAUCCUUUGCGCGCUCUUUGCCAGCAUCCGCUCAUCCAGCAACAGCCAGGUGAACAAGCUGUUGCAGACGGAGGAAGGGAAGGCCGACUCUGCAGAGGCUUGGACUUCUCCUGGGGAGGAAGGGCUGAGGCGGGCAGUGGACAAUGAGGAGGACACUGUUGCCUACAGCUACUCCUUCUUCCACUUCUCCCUCUUCCUGGCCUCCCUCUACAUCAUGAUGACCCUAACCAACUGGUACCAGCCGGACACGGACUAUCAGGCUAUGCAGAGCACGAUGCCGGCUCUCUGGGUGAAGAUUUCCUCCAGCUGGCUCGGCUUGCUGCUCUACCUCUGGACCCUGGUAGCGCCGGUCGUGUGCACCAGCCGCGACUUCAGCUGAGCAUGGAGACCAGCUGGCCCUCGGCCCUGCUCAGAGGGCGGGGCAAGGCCCCCACCUGAAGGAGGCUGCCUGUGAUUUGGCCACAAUCCUGACACUUCUUUUCCUUUCCCUGUAAUUAUCUGUAUAGUUUGCAAAUGAAUGUCUUUGAGUGACUCUCAUUUUUGUCUUUCUGAUUCACUGUGACCAAAACUUCUAAAGCUUUUCAUUGAUUGUAAAAGGUUUUUUUUUUUUAGACAUCCCAGCUGAGUUUUCGGACCGUUCAUCCUGUAACAUUUACAAAUGAUUGCGCUGAAUGACAUUUGCUGUUUACUGUCUGUCCCUGACCAUGUGCGGCAGGCAGCUUUGUUCAGCUAGAAGGCCCAGCUAAGCAAAUGUUUGGCUGCCGUGGUUAGAGCAUUUGGCAAAGGCGCCGACUCUAGCUGUGUGGGGGGAACAUGUCCUUCUGCUUCCACAAUGUUCCCCGUGCACGAAGACAAGGGGAAUUGUCUGAGUCGCAGAAGGCUGGGCAGACUGUGCUGCUCUGGAGGCGAGUGCUGCUGUCCUGCAGCUCCUCGCUUCAUUCUGUAAGUGUGACUGCAGGCCUGUUCACGUUCUCCUGGGAGUCCAGUCACUCCUUAGUUCAUUCUUCGUCCGGUGCGUUCAGAUCCAACAGGUAUGAAAGCAUCUUCUCACUCAGCAGGUACAGAUAUCCGGGCAGUGUCUCCUCAGACAGGCUUCCAUGCGUCACGGUCAAAUCAUUACGUUUUAUUCCCUGACUGCCAAACGGUGCUGGUGAGGUACCUUUCUGUACUCCAGGUGGGCUGUUGCCUUUUUUUAAUAAUAAAUGUUGUUUUGCAAACACUAUUAAAAAUACUGUGUGUUCCUAAAUGCCUUUUAUUUUCAUACUGACAGUCCCAUAAUCUGAAAUUCUAGGUACGUCUAGUACCAUAUAUAAUGUUCAUGUGCCUUUUAUUUACAGCAGUGAUUAUAUAAAGAAGCCUUUUUGUAAUUAUAAAUGUAGUUGAGAGCCUGAUGUACUUUUGGUGUUUUGGCUGUAUGACAGUAUAAAUAAACACGUUUGUCAUAAA